AUGAACAUUCAGUCUGCCAUCAACAAAGAGGUCUUCAUCCCUCGUGAUGAGCGGCUGCUGGUGGCAGUGCAGGUGCAGAGGAGGAAAAGGAAGAGGAUGUCCUUCCUGCCAACUGGAGCCAAAGGAGACUACGCCACAUUCAUCUGUGUGUCAGUGACCAACACGAGGCCACAUCAGCUCCUCAUUACAAAGGUGAAGCAAUUUGGUGGAUCCUCCUCCUUCACCAAGAGGUCCCAAUGGACGGUGGAGCAACUCCGACAGGUCAACGGCAUCAACCCCAACAAGGACAGCCCAGAGUUUGACCUGGUGUUUGACAAUACCGUGGACCAGUGGGUGGCCAGCUCAUCAGCAGAGAAGUGUAUCUUUGUCCAGAUCCUGUACCACGCUUGCCAGACCUACUGGGAGGGGAAAGCAGGGAGUCUGGGAAAGGCUGGGAAGCUGGGCAAGUUGGGCCACCAGAGGAGAGUGAGUCAAGUCACUCACCUUGAGAUCGGAGCUGGUCCCAGUGGCUCUUCACCAGGCAUUGCAUCCAGAACUCUGCAGGCCCGACGGAAGAGCUAUGUUCCUCCCAAACAGACAGAGUUCAUCAACUGCCAGUCCAAACUCACCGGAGAUGCCUGCACUAUGAAUCUGGUCAUCUACCGCUGCAAAGCUUUCUUGAAUCGUGUGAAGAAUAUGAUGGCUGCAAACCAAAGUCGAUCACCAGGUCGAGGUCAGCCUGGGCAGCGUGUUGCAGGCAGCAUUAUGGGCAAUGUAGUCCAGAGGAUGAAUGUGGCUCUGGGGGAGCGUGGAGACAGGCUGACUCGUGCUGAGGACAAGACAGUGGAGCUGAUGCACAAAGCUCAGCAGUUUGCAGACACUGCUCACAAGCUGGCCCUGAAAUAUUCAAAGUAG